UGAGUGUGAAGUAACAGUUUGUCCUCUUCUCAGUUCUCUCUUUCAAGUCUUUGUCUUCCUCACACUCAGCCGAAUCGCCUGGUGCUCUUUUAUUGCAAAAUUGUACUAGAAUUUCACAAUGUAGUGUAGCUUAUUUGCCACUGAUGGUCUGCUGCAAUGUCAAAUGAAAUUUCCAAUGCUCUGAUUCAGAGGACGUGGAUCUCAAGCCAAGCCAAGAUCUAAGGAUGAUGCUACACGUAGUAUUGGGAAGCUGAAUGCCUGACAGUAGCAACAAUGGUCAUGUCUCGCCUUCACUUGGCUUAUGGGCUGAUGUCCUUUUGUCAGGCAGUGUUGCACAAUUUGUUUUUGGUCUACCACGUCGAUGUGUUCGUCUCCGUGUUCAAAAUUAGUCAGAGUGCAUUUUGGCUGGGCGAGGCCAUCUUUCUGAUAUGGAACUCUCUGAAUGAUUCCUUGUUUGGCUGGUUCAGCGACAGUUCGUUCCUCAAGUCAGACUCUAGUUCUUCGUCUGGACUCGGCACAGUGUCGCGGAGAAUCAGUGCGAUAGAGCGCUGUGGUCCGCUGUUUGCGGCAUCGUUUCUCCUGGUAUGGUACGCAUGGCCAUGGCCUGGACUGCAAUUUGUCUUCUGCCUUUGUCUUUAUGAUGGCUUUUUGACUGUAAUUGACCUGCAUCACUCUGCACUUCUUGCCGACAUGGCUGUUACGCUGCCCGACCGCACACGCCUGGAGUUUGCUUGUUCGGUUUUCAAUGCCGCCGGUACGAUGUCACUGUUUGCCUCCUACUUUGUGUGGGAUCGUGGUGAUCUAUCGUCAUUCCGUGUGGUCUGUACGAUACUUGCCAUUGCUUCCGCCGCUGGCUUUGUCCUGUCGGCAAAAGUGAUGAAAACGGCCAGCGCUCAGAUGAGCAUUGGAUCAUCAAAGAAAGACGACGAUGUUAUUUCAAGUGGCCGUCAUGUGCAAGACAGCCAUGCUGGUAGGGACUCCCAUUCGUCCUGGACGGCCUUGAAGCUGUUUUCCAAGCAGAUCUACCACCAUAAGAAUUUCAAGUGGUUCACGUCAAUGAAUCUCUUACAGGUGUUCCACUGUCACUUCAACAGCAACUUCUUCCCGCUGUUCCUGGAGCACAUGCUGGGUGACUCCGUGUCGGCGUGGACGUCGGCAUCGCUGCUCAGCGUUUCGUUUGUGCUGCCGCACAUCAACAACCUGUUCUUCCUGUCACUGUGCCGAACGUACGGCGUCUAUGCCGUGGUGCGCGGACUGUUCGCCCUGAAAAUCCUGAUGGCCGUGGGGAUGAUUCUCGCCGGCUCGCAGAAUUUCUUUCUACUGUGUGUAUUUAUCAUGAGCAACCGUGUGUUCACUGAGGGCACAUGUAAACUGUUGAACUUGGUCAUUAGUGACUUGGUUGAUGAAGACUACGUAAUCCACGCCAGGCGCACACCCAUAUCGGCAUUGAUGUUUGGAACGACGGCCUUGCUCACGAAGCCCGGGCAAAGCCUAGCUCCGUUGAUGGGAAUCUGGCUAUUGACUAGGCUGACGGGUCAUUCUCCGUUCGCUGAUCAAAAGGCAGCUGUGGACCCAGUGUUAGCGGAUAAUCCACUGGUGGUAGAUGGCAUGUCGGCCGUGGCGCAGGGCUGGUCUCACCUGGGCCCACUGCUCGACAUGCAGACCGCCUGCUUCUACAUCCUGGUGGCGAUACCGCUGCUGUGUGGCUUGCUGCAGCUGGUGCUCUGGAGCCAGUUCACCUUGCACGGCGCACGCUUAGCUAGUAUCAAGCGCCACCGCAUGAUGGCGGACUCCAGUGGGUCGGCAACAAGAGAACCAGUAUAGGAUGCCUGUGUUAUUUAUGUCAGUUCUGUUCUGGUGCCUGUGCUCAACGCACGGUUCUCUGACGUAAGUUAUUUGUUUUACAUUUCAAAAAGGCUCCAUUUAAUUUUGCUGCUUUCUCUGCUUGCUAUCACUGAGAAUGCUUGAACAUCUUUUCAUUGUAAGUUCCUUAAAAAUCAUUUUCUGUUUGGUUUGUUCGUGUGACAGCGAUAUAACUUAUAAAGCUAUAAGCCUUGACUAUGAAAGCAGGGAGUAGUAAAAUGCCAUAUUAUAUUUUCUACUACCUGUUGCACGUUGAAGAAAGUUCCACAACAUAACAGUCAUUUGCCUUCAAUUUUAUUACAACGGUUUUCUCUCAAUGCAAACUCUCCCAUCGGUCUGCAGUGCUAGGUUUUAGUGUGGCAGCAGGCUGCCAAUAUUCAACUGCAUGUAAUUUUAAUUCUCUCCUGUUUUCAUUGCUUUCUGUCGUAUUGUGUUUGCAAUGUUGCACUUCAAUGAAGGCAAUAUCCCUGUUGACAUCCCCAAACUAUCUUGUAUUUAUUUUUCCAACUUUGCUGCUGAGUGAAUGUCAGCGCUCGCACAUUGUUUGUUUUUAGUAGAUGGCCAGGUUUUUUUUUCAACUGUAGGUGCUUGAUUCGUCACUGUUGUGUUCUACUGUGGAGAAAGACAAACAUCGUGGUGGUAUAGUGCUGCUGUGCUGCUCUCUUAACAUCAUGGUGGUAUAGUGCUGCUGUGCUGCUCUCUUGUUAAAUCUAGCUCCCAUAGUGCCGGGCUCGUUUUCAAAGUUUAGGAGGCGCUUUGCUCUGUCUGGUUUUGUUCAACUAACUUCCUUGGUCGUGUUACCAGUACCGUGUUAGUGACGUAUUUACAUAAUCAUUGUUAAUUUGUUAUACUUCACAAUACUAUUGCAGGUGCCAUCGCCUGCUGCUAACUGAAUUGUCAUGGCAUGUAGCCAUUCACUAGUGUAUUACCAGAUCAUUAUUGCCACGGUCUUGGGUAAACAUUAGCACGUCAGCUAAUUUGCUCUCUUGCAGUAACAUCACGAGUACAUAAUAUUAUAACCCCAGGCCAGGGGUUAUGUUAUGUACUCUUGGUAACACCCACUUCAAGAGUUGAGGGAAUAACAAUAAUAGCUACAAGGCGGCGCUCAGGCCGCUGAUCAUGUG